AUGGCGCUCCAGCGCGCCAUCCUCCUGGCCGGCCUCCUGGUGGAAGUUGCCAGCAAGUCCUCAGACAGCGCGGGCCAGCAGUCCAAGUGCUGUGUGGACGUGGUGGACGCCAACACCACCUGCCCCGGCGCAGGCCUGUGUGGCCCAGGCUGCUUCAGGCGCUGGAAUGCGGACGGGAGCGCCAGCUGCGUGCGGUGCAGGAAUGGGACCCACAGCAGCUCCGAGUGCAGAGGCCUGGCUGGCCAGGGCGAGCAGUCCCCCGCCAACAGGAGCACAGGGACGCCUGGGCAACCGAGUCCUGGGGGCCCUCGGGUGGCAGCCUCUCUCUUCCUGGGGACCUUCCUCGUCAGCUCGGGCCUCAUCCUCGCUGUGGCCGGCUUCUUCUACCUCAAGCGCAGGAGUAAGCUGCCCCGGCUCUGCUACGGGAGGAACAGAGCCCCCGCCCUGCAGCCCAGCGAAGCCGCCGCGAUGAUCCCCCCGCCGCAGUCCUCAGUGAGGAAGCCGCGCUACGUCCGGCGGGAGCGGCCCUCGGGCCGGGACGCGGGCCCCGCUGCCGUCUCCUCGGUGGAGGCCCGGGUCAGCAACGUCUGA